AUGCUACCCCACCUCCGCCCCUCUCAAGUAGUAACUUCUCAAAGGUCCGACAAAGUCGGAAUUAAAUGCCCAACUUGUUUGUGUUCUGGUCAAUCAAUUGAUCUUUUCAAUCUUGUUGAGUUAGUCACUCGACAUGCUGUCUCUGAGGACGCUAUCUUUCUCUGGCGACUCCUCUUUCCAUCACUGCGCCCAGAGUCCAAUGCACCUGAAAACGUCUGUCAUCCUUCUGUUCACGGCAUCGAAACACCGCCAAUUUCUUCUUCCCCAAUCUUUACUGAGCCCCAGCGAACUGAUGUCAGCCUUCUUUGGGAGGUCGACAUUACCUUUCUCUUCAUUGCGCUUCUACAUCUUCGACCUGGUCUUGAUGCUAUGGUCUCCGGAGUCGAAUGCCAGCGACGCCGGCAAUUGCAUACUUUUCUCAAUACAGAUUAUAGGCGUACUGCAUUCGGUAGCAGAAGUGCUAGCUGCAGUAGCAGCAGUAGCAGUGGUCAUACAUCUGUCGACAAUAUUGCUAGUGACGAGGCCAAUAUGACGUCAACUCGUCUCAAUGGCCUCAGUAGCGGAGAUCAGAAUCAUUGGGUAGACGCGCUGGUUUGCGAUAAUAGACGGCCUCGUUUCCCCACAGGCGACGCUCAUGAAGCUUAUUUGAUGCGCAUUUGCUACACUGCCUGCCUCACACAAGCUCUCUUGAGCUGGCAGCCGAAUUCUUUUUCUGAUACACAAAAUAAAGAACAAGUUUCGACUACAGAGACUCUCUUGGAAGACGAGUUUGACAAUUUUCACAUUCCCGACUCCGAUCCGGCCAGUUUGAUCGGCCUAGUCUCUCGUGAGGAAUUUGAACUGGAGGCCGAUGCAAACGGAUGGAUGACGCCCCGAGUGAGUCAUAAUUCAGUAUCUUAUGCUUAUUGUAUUUAUGAAAUUUUCACUUCUUGUAUUCCUACGAAAUUCACAGGCAUUUUUUAUUGUUUACCGUAA